GGCUGAUCUCUCUCUUCUUGUGGAGACGACGGGCAAGUGCCUGAUGAUGGGAUAUCGGAGUCCUAGAGAUUCAUCUUCUAGUUUUAGGGUUAAGUCAACUGCAAACCGUGAAAAACUGAUUUUGAAGCGACUUGUAUCUGCAAUCCAAAAGAAAUCGUGUCCAAUUUGUCUCAGUAGCAUCAGAUAUCGGGAAGCAGCAGUUCUUAAAGUAUGUAUGCACGCUUAUUGCAUUAAAUGCAUUCGGAAGUGGAGUGAGUUUAAGCGAAAUUGUCCUCUCUGCAACAAAGAGUUCGAUUCAUGGUUUUUCAACGUUAGGUUUUCCACUGGAAGCUUUGAAGUAGAACGAUUGUCAAAUUGCAGCGGUGAAAAGAAAAUUGACGAACGAGCUGGAUUCGGACUUGACAGAAGGGAAAGAUUUCGUUCAGUAAUUCAAAGGUCAAGGAAUGAACUUCUAAGUGCAAACCAGAGAUCUAGACCGGUUCCCUGGCGUCGGUCAUUUGGACAGUUUAGGUCUGUUCCUUCUGAUAUUGUCGCAGAAAGAGUUGUUCAGUGGCGUGCCAGCAUAUACAGCCGACGUUUGCAAGCUGUCCCUUUUCCUACAAAGAAUAGCCUAGUGCAGAAUAUAUUGGGAAACGAUAGUGUUAAAGAAGGAUUGACGCACCGUGUAGAACCAUGGAUUCAGAGGGAGCUGCAGGCUAUCCUUGGGGACCCAUAUCCAUCGAUUAUCGUUCAGCUGGCCUCAUCUCUUUUGAUCUCAAGCCUUGAGGAAAAACUUGAGGCAUUAUCAAAGGGACUUGUAUUUUGUGAUACAUUUGUUGAAGCAUUGCGGCCUUUUCUAUGCGACCAAACUAAUAUGUUUUGGCAUGAACUCAGAUGCUUUGCUAACAGUGAGUUCACCAUGAAAACGUAUGACUCUGUGGUUGAAUAUAGAAGAUUAAAUUAAGGGCAGAAGGAAGGACCUCAUCCGAAAGUUUUGGACUUUGUUCUUUCGUGUGUGCCAUUGUCUUUUUGGUGGUCAGCUUUGCUCCAUUGAACUGCUUGAUCCUUAAGGCCUUAAGGGAUAUAAUGCUUGUAAAAGAGGAGAUUGUUUCAUGGGAAACAAUUUUGUAUAAGGGAAAUACUGGGAGUACGCUUGCUAGCUGACC